CCUGCCGCCGUCUUCCCCGCCAGCCAGUCGCCGCCGCGCCGGGUGCACCCGCGGCAGCCACCAGCGCGGCCUCCAACUCCUCGUCCCGGCACCGCUGCCAUCGCCCGAGCGCCGCCCGUGCAACCGAAUCCAAGUGGGUCCGGCCCUGACACGUCAUCACAUUUUCCCCGCCGUCUGAUCGAGAUCAGUUUUAGGAAAGGAAACCACCCCGACUUGCUUGUUAAGAAACAGAUAGCACGGGCAAGGCAACCAAAGUUGUGCUGGCCCUGCCUUUCUGUUUGUCCGCCACCGAGCCCCGUGUUGCGUUCCUCGCCGAUGGAGGAAACCCUAGCCGUCGAAUCCGCCGCCGGCGAGGCGCCCGCCGCGGUGGCGCCGGAGCGGAAGGAAGAGACGCUCGAGGAGGUGCUCGCCAGGCACAGGAAAGAAAAAUCCAAACUCCAGGAUAAAGAAACAAGCCUGAAGAAAGCUGCUGCCAAAGGAAGCAAAGCUGAGCAGAAGGCUAAGAAAAAGCAAGUAGAAGAAGAGAUUGCACGCCUAUCAGCUGAGUUAGAGGCGAAACAUGCUGUGGAGCUUGCUUCUUUUGGGUACAAACCCUCAGGCAGCUCAGAAAAGGGUAACCUUGACAACCUAGUGAAGGCCAUAGCUGGUGUUUCCAUGUCCAGCAAUUUGGAUUCCGCAAAGCCCAGCAAGGGUGCACGGCGGCGAGAGAAGAAGGCAAAGGAGGAAGCUGCUCGGGAGCAGCGGAUCCAAGAAGAACAAAGCAAUCUCGUCAGCGACCGCAUGCUGGAAAACGAGAAGCUUGAAAGUAAGCUUGAGCCCUUGGGGCUGACCAUUCAAGAAAUAAAGCCAGAUGGCCACUGCCUGUACCGUGCUGUUGAAAACCAGUUGUUGCUCCAUUCCAAGGGCACGGCACGGUACAGCUACCAGGACCUACGGCAGAUGACGGCCAAGUACAUGAGGGAGCACGCAGACGACUUCCUCCCGUUUUUCUUAGCAGAAGGCAAGGCUGAGACUGGGUCAGAUCCCUCUGAGAGCUUUGAGAAGUACUGCCAGGAGAUCGAGUCCACGGCAGCCUGGGGUGGACAGCUUGAGCUUGGUGCGCUGACCCACUGCCUCAAGAAGCACAUCGUGGUCUACUCAGGCUCCUUCCCGGAUGUGGAAAUGGGCCAGGAAUACAAAUCUGGAUCCGGAGGUAGUAGUGCCGGGGAUGUUAGCAUCAGGCUGUCCUUUCAUAGGCAUGCCUAUGGUCUUGGUGAGCACUACAACUCAGUGAUUCCAACUGAGUCAUGAUAACAAAAGAAAUUCGCCGCACUCUGAUAUGUUUGAUUGUUUACUGGUCUUGCCUGUUGGAGGUUAAACACAAUAGAUGACUUGUUUCCGGUUGCUGCUAAAUUUUCCAUCUUCUCAUCGGUCGUUGAUGGUUGAGUGUACCAAUCAAAUCUGUACUCGGGAGGUUGUUUCCCAAACAAUUUUGCUCUUACCAGUAUUAUGUUGCAAUCAGUGAUAUGUUUUUCCA